AUGAAGCUGGCUUUGCUCUUGUCUGUCUUGUCGUAGGGAAACAAGGCAAAAAACUUUGUGUAAACUGGCAAAAAGCCAAGAAUGAAACUCUUAGCGCUCCUCUUGCUUGUUUGUUUCGUUCUUUACGAAGUUCUUCAAGUAGAAGGAAAAUCGAAGCAAAAUGUCGUGAAAAAAUUAUUACAAAAAUACAUUCAUCACCACAAGCAUCCCCAUCAUCACAAGCAUCAUCACCAUCAUGUCCAUCAUCACCAUAAACACCAUCAUCACCAUCAUCAUCACAAGGCGCAUCCCCACCAUAAGCACUGGCAUCAUCACCACCAUCACCAUCACAAAUCAUUCCAUCAGAAGCUUGUUGAGCAACUGAAGAAGGAAAAGCAGCAGCAUCAUGUACAGAAUGCUGUCAACCAAAGGGCAACUAAACGACAAUCUCUUCCACAGCUACUUGUUAGUCUGGGUAAAGGAUUCAUGCAGCUUGGCCAACAUCUGGGAAACAACGAAUCACAUGCAGAUGUCCAAGCCAAGGGCUCCACGAUAAGACAUGCUCCCACUCCAAAGCCCAUGGUUCAUGAUCAAGUUGCAACUACUCAGGCUGCCACUAGAGCCUUUGCCACGCCUUCACCUACAUCUGAAUAUGACCGUGAAAAUGAUAACAGUGAUGACAUCGGUGGGGCUGCUCUUACGUCUGCUCCACCUACUCCAACUGUAUCUCAGAAAGUCACAACCUUUGACGGGGAUGCUCCACAAUCAAACGAUCGGGAGAUGACAGUGCACAUGCCCCAUCCUAAGAAUAUAGAUUCAUCGAUCAUUACUCCAACUCCACAAUCUGAACCAAGUCCAAGACCAAGUCCUAAACCACAAGGUACUACUUAUGACGACAUUUCUUCACCUACUGACGACAAACAAAAACCAAUGAAGCCGACAGUGAUUCCAACUGCCUCAAGAAUAUCAAAGCUCAAUCAGGAUCCAUCAGUGAAACUUAAAAUGGCUUCUGAUUCAGAUAAGGAGAAUGAACCUAUAUCAUCCCAAGAUCGAGUAGAUAAAGCCAAAGAUAUUGAUGAACAUCGAGAUAGUUCUAUACCGAAAAUACCCAAGGUAAAAGAGGAGGAGAGUAUACCAAAUCCAAGCAUUGAGAUACCAGCAGACCAAGCACGUUCACUUGAAUACAGUCCUGCAGAAUCAGCCAUUGAUGGAAGAGCAGAAGACGAGUCUUCUCACAAUGAACAAGAUAGUCAUUUUGGUACUUCCCAAACCAGCAACGAAAAUCCCAGUCCUAAUCUUUUCGUUAGUGAAAAAAAUAUCGGUGAAAAUGUAGGCCAACUGAGAAUAAAUGCUACACAAAAUAUUGACAAAGUUAUGGAAACUAAUACAGAAGACGACAUUUCUUCUAAUGAUGAAACAAAAGGAUCUGCAACAAGGAAUACAAAUGAAAGCCCCAAUAAACUGGACGGAGAUCAAGUUAAUGGGUUAUCCCAAACUAAGUCAGAAGACACAGCGAAGGUCGUAGAAACAACAUCAGAGGAUUCACAAGCUGAGGAAAGCAUUGAUGGAAAACAUUCAGCAGAACCAAGUGGCAGUAAUACAAACACAGAAUUCAAAACAGAAGCGAACAGUACCGCUUCUAACGAGAUCAUGGACGGAGAAGUUCUACCUACGGAGAUUGAAAGUCGUCAUAAUUCUAUGGAUGACUUAAGCUCAAAGGCUACUACGUUUUCACCAACGGCAGCAUUAAAGUCAAGUAUGGAAUCUGUUGAAGGAAAUGCUAAGCCAUCCAGCCAAGAUUCUGAUAGCACUACAGACAGGGUACCUGCUCAACCUUUAAGAAGUCAAGACUCUGAAAGCACUAGUGUCGAUGGAACCACUCAACCAUCGGGCCAACAAGAUUCUGAUCACAAGGUUACCAAUCAAGCAAGUCAUGAAAUUAAUGGUAGCAUAAAUGAGGUCACUCAGUCAGCACCUCAUCCUGAUGACGAUCUUGCAGCAAAAUCACCUUCAGAAGAAUUAUCUGGUAGCACUAAGUAUGCAGAUCAAAACGCUCAACCAACAACUCAAACCGAUAGUAGUAGAGAAGAACUUGCUAGACUACCAACCCAACAAUCUGAUAGUAUCACAGAUGGAGAAGUACAGUUCACAAGUCAGUCGGUCAGUAAUAAUUCUUUGGAUGGAUUGGGAUCGGCCCAUGGAGAUGAUGAUAUCAUGGUUGGAUCUGGAGCUAGUGAACCAUCAAGCCACGAUACUGGGGAAUUAAAAGACGCAUCAUUAUCAACCCUAGGAACGAAUAACACCGCGGAARUUACAAAAUUAGUCACAACCAGUUCUGGGACAAAUGGAGAUGAUGUCAAAACUGGAGAAAGGGUUGCAAUUCCACAAUCAUCAAAGCAGGAUAGUGAAUAUUUCCAAAAUGCAUCACAAUCGGGUCCCGUAUCUAACAGUACACUAGUAACUGGUGAUUCUGACCCUUCCGUAUCUGAUUAUGUACCCACACAGGAAUCAAAUGAUCAGUCUACUAGUACUGCGGCAACUCCAUUGAAAAGCAGUGACCAUAGCCAUUCUGAUGAUAUUGUAGGUGGACCUCCCCACAAAGCACCAGUUUUUCAAAGCAACACGACUUUGGAUGGUCAAGAAUACGAUGAAACUAAACUAGGGGAAACUGCUCAGUUAUCAGACGUCCCCGUAGAUGAAGCAUUCAAUCCUACUGGGGAGCACUUAGCUAUGGAUAACAAGAGAGAAGAGGAACAGAAUAAAGUCACCAACAAUGCAGUAAAGAACUACGAAGAACACCAAGAAAAAGUCAACUCUUUUCCAAGUGAGAUAGAAGAUGGAGAGGUCCGUCCUCCAACUUACAAUACUGUGCCACCUAAGACCGAAGAAAUCAAUACUUACAGCAACUCGAAUGUUCCUGCUAUUUAUAAUUAGGUAUCGAACAACUAGCGCAAUGAAGUUGCACUGGGAAUAUUCGCAAGAGAAAAAAAGUACCUUUAAGAUUCAUGUUUCAACCUCAAGAAUAUGAAAUAUAACUUCAACACACAGAUCUAGAAGUAUUUUUCCAACGUCCUAUGAUGUUAGUAGACUGAUGCCUUACAGAAUAGGGAACAUUUUGUAAACUCAUUAGAUAAUAUAGAACUUGUAGUCAGGUCUCUUAUGGCAAAAUAUAGGUCCCAUCGUUACAGAAGUGACAAAAGCGCCAAAUUUGGCAGAGAUGUUCCUUAGGAUCCACUAAAUAAUGUUAGAGGGGGAGCCCAACGCAAUUCUUACAAUUAAGGGGGAUUAAGGGGUUUUUAAAAUUUACCUUAAUUACGAAUUGGGCUACCUGUGGUGGUUUGCAGUUUUCAAGUAAAACAGCGCACAAGAAA